AUGGUUUCCCUCGAUGUCCCUCUCCCAACUAUUGAGGAAUUGACUGUCCCAGAACUAAAGAUAUCAAAGUGUCCACUGCUGGCCGCAAGCAUUCAUUUAGGGAAGUUUUGUGACAAUGAGUCCAAGGAAUUCAUGCUUUGCCAUUAUGAAACACAUGACCCAAGAGCUUGUCUUGGAGAGGGAAAGGCUCUUACCAGUUGCGCCCAAACCUUUUUCAAACAGAUUAAACGGCAUUGUGAAGAUGAAUUUCGCAAUUACUUUACCUGCCUUCACAAGUAUGGAGGGCCGGCUUACAGCCUAACAAAAUGCCGCGUAGCUCAGUAUCCUUUUGAUGAAUGUAUAAAAACUCACCUCAAUCAAGAACGCCCGAAAACGGAUUACUUUAAUGUUGUUCGUCUUCACAAAACGAAUCGGCCUAGAUAUAAACCUGGAUUAGCUCCAAUGCCCGAAAGAAUUCCAGAUUUGCCUAACUUGGAUCAUUUUGAAGAGCCUGAACGUAUAAAGCACAGAGAAAAAAUGAACGAACUAUUAACUUAA